UUGGCAUUGUUUUCGCGACUCAUUUUAUUUACGAUAUUAAUAGAAUUUAAUUAACAUAUUUUUUUUUCAAUUUGUAAUUACUUUGCUCUCUUUGCAUCCGUGAACAAAUAUGCAUAUAUUAACUGGUAAAAGCAAGCUUACUUCCUUAGUCAAAACCGAAACCAUAGCAAUCAACUUGUUUAUUUGUUGUGUGUUGUGAUAAAAUGUGAUAUCUUUUUCCAGUAAUUGCUAUCGUCGUGAACAAACACUUUUUGUAUUGAAAAGAAAGCUAUUAUUUUUGAGAUGAAUUGCAAUGAAAUCCCCCCGCCUUCAUCUUUCGCUUACCGUUGUGAUAUAUGUCAGGAAAAAUCAAUUUCUAGAGGAAAACGUAACAUUCAUUCUCGAAUUUCGUCAUUAGAAAAUUGUUUUGUUUGCAAGGAUUGCAAUAAACCAUUUGGUAUAGGUUAUGAAUUAGCUCUCGUUGAUGAAGAAUCUCAUCUCUGUCUCCAAUGUGGGGCAGUUUUCAGUAAUAGCGAAUUGCUAGAAGUUCAUUCUUAUCACCACAAUAAAGAAUACCCUUGCCGUUGUGAUAUAUGUAGUCGAGCAUCCACAAGCAAAACGAAACUCCCGAUGGAAAUUGUUGAUACCGAAUAUGACAAACCGUUCAAAUGCGAUAUAUGUGGUAAGGUUUUCUCAAUGAAGUACAGAUUAAAAAGGCAUAUGUUUGUGCAUAAUGGAGAGUGGCCAUAUAAAUGCGAUAUUUGUGGUAAAGGUUGGCCUGAUAAACGAAGUCUCCGAAUUCAUACUCGACGUCAUACAAAAGAGCAACCAUAUGAGUGCAUAGAUUGUGGAACAAAAUUCACAACUAAAGGUCACUUAAUGAAGCAUUUUUCAAGAACACACGGAGGAGGCUCUUAUAUAUUGGAAAUAAGUGAUUCUAAACAAAUGAGUGCCAUAAUUGUUGAUUCAGAUGAAGACCCUCUAGAACCUUAUGUGAAAGUGGUUGAAAAAAUUGAAAACUCUUAUCUCGUAUGAUUUAUGGAGAAUUGCACUUGACUACACCUAAAGUACAAGAAAUUAUGGCUGUGAUUCUGAAUAUGAUGCUAUUUGAUAUUCUUGAAGAAAAGUAGCAGUGUGAUUCUAGUAUGGAUGAAACUGGUAAUUGCUUAAAAAUUUUGAUUUUGUAAAUCUAUUUUUCUAUGUAAAAAAAUUCUUGUUAUAAUACUAUUUAUGCAAACAAAAUAUUUUAUGAAUGUUUAAAUGUGUUUUCAUAGAUUUAAUAAGUCACCAUACAAAAUCAAUUUUCAUAAUUUAAAUUGCCUACUGUGAAGAUCUGUAUAUUGUAUGGUUUUUUUCUUCAAUUGAAUUUAAAAUAAUGCUAUGUGGCAAAUCUGCUUA